UACUUCCAAUGAGUACUUCCAAUGUUUCAACUCUCACAACUGCGAAAGAAAACGAAGAUGUUGAUCUAAAGUUCGGAGCCGGUUUUAUUUUAUAUAGGGACGCCCACAGCAAAAGCAGGGACGGGGCCUGCUUUUGCU